CAGAAAUAAAUAAAACGCCCCCUUCGCACUCCCCUUUACUCCACGCGUGUGCGGCGUUGGUGUGUGGGUGAACAAGGUAGGGGGGGAGAGAAGCCGUGGGUGAACUGCAGCGCGUCCUAUGCGGAUUUCAUCAUUGACUGGCCGCCCAGCUUCCUCACACCAGAGCCGGACUGGACCAUUUCUCGUCCCUUUCGGAUCUUUUAACUGGAACUGCGUGAUAUCAUCACUGCGUGUUCCCUGUGGUCACGCGGCAGGGAGGACAUCAUCGUGCAGUGCUGCGAGGGAUGAGCAAUGGGAAAGCUCCACCUGUUGAAGGCCUGCUCUUCACUUACUAUCACUCUGACUCCUCCAUCCCCUGUCAACAUGACAACCUCAGCCCUGCGUAGGCAGGUGAAGAACAUAGUACACAACUAUUCCGAAGCAGAGAUUAAGGUACGUGAGGCCACCUCCAAUGAUCCGUGGGGGCCGUCAUCGUCUCUCAUGUCAGAAAUAGCUGAUCUGACGUUCAACGUGGUGGCCUUUGCUGAAGUCAUGGCCAUGGUGUGGAAGCGCCUCAAUGACAGCGGCAAGAACUGGAGGCAUGUUUACAAGUCCCUAACGCUAUUGGACUACCUCCUGAAGACGGGAUCAGAAAGAGUGGCUCAGCAGUGUCGAGAGAAUGCUUUCACUAUUCAGACGCUGCGUGAUUUUCAGUAUGUUGACCGCGAUGGCAGAGACCAAGGAGCCAAUGUCAGGGAAAAAGCGCGCCAAUUGGUGUGUCUUCUCCGGGAUGAGGACCGUCUUCGCCAAGAGAGGAGUCAAGCACUGAAGACCAAGGAGCGAAUGGCUGGGGGAGGCAGCGGUGGUGUAGGAGUAGGUGGAGGGGCCAUGUAUGGAGGAAUACCGCCAUCGUACCACCCAGGCAGGCGGACAAGCCAGCCCAGCAUGGCUGUACUCUAUGGGGAGGAGUUAAGUCGCUCCAGAGGUUCUCCAUCCUCUUUUAACUCAGCUUCGUCUUCAUCUCCUCGAGGCGCCUCAGACUUGGAACAGGCUCGACCCCAAACCAGCGGGGAAGAGGAGCUGCAGAUCCAGCUGGCUUUAGCCAUGAGCAGGGAGGAGAAUCAGAAGGAACAGUGCUGUCGCCAUGGAGAUGAGUCUCUCAUACAAAAGGUCCUGGAUGAGAGCAGGAGAACAAGCCAGACUGGGGCGCAGGAGUCGACCAUUUUGGACCUAGUAGACAUCUUUGGUGCAUCCUCUGAGAGCCAAGCUCCACCUGGUGACCCCUGGCACUCUGUCCAGCCUUCCGGUAAUGUCACUUCUGAUCCCUGGCAUUCUGUGGCCGUUCCAGGCUCACCAACAUCCUCAAAAGCUGGUAAUCCUCUGGCUGCAUGUACCGACUCGCACAAAGAGCUAUGGGAGGCGGCAUCCAGCUACAGCCAUGCAGUGGAUCACACGUGGGACAGAACGUCCGUGCGCGAGAGUGAUGGGGAAUAUCCCGUCAGUGCACAAGAAGAAGAUAGGUUUCAGCAGGAAGUCCCUCAAAUGCCUUCUCUUCACUCAGCUAGUCCCACAGUUUCUGAGCUUCGUGGGUCAGCAGACAUGUUCUCUGGAGCAGAUUCCAGGACUGAUCCAUUUAAGAAUGACGCUCUGCAGGCGCUCCAGGUAAAUGGGCCAGACUCAGGCAGUCCAGAGAUGUCUGCUCUGUCUCGGCUCACGCCCCCUGUGAGGACCACGACGCGUGUGUGUCGGACCCCAGAGGCCUUCCUCGGACCAACGGGGGCCUCGUUGGUCAAUCUGGAUGCACUGAUACCUCCUACCCCACCGGGCAAGGCACACAACAAUCCAUUCCUCUCAGGUCUGAGCGCUCCAUCUUCCACCAACCCCUUCCACUGUGACCAGCCUCGCCUUACCCUCAACCAAAUGCGUCCAUCCUCUACAUCUCCACUGCCCCCACACAUGCUCUCCUACAGUCCGUCCCUUCCCCUCCCUCUCCGUCAGAGGGGGGCAGCCCUUCCCUCCUCGCACACCCAACCUCCCACCAGACUUAUGGACCUUCCCUCCAACCUACCCCAACCCCUGCUCCCUCUCUCUCCCCGGCCAGCGGCUCGCGUUCAAUCCCCAGCACUAACACACAGCCACAACCCAUUCCUUUGAGACUGGAAUUGCUUUUCCUAUUUGCACAUUCUAGACGAUAACAUGAGCCUGAACCAGAAUGAAGAUCUUGUUUAUUGUAUGUGUGCGCACACGAAAUGGAUCAAAACUGACCUGGAUGUAAUUGUGUCAGUUGAAAGACACAUCACCUGCUGCACUAUAUGUAACCAACCUGAACUCUUGAAGAAAUGCAUUGACACAAAUCCAUCACAUUAAUAUUCCCGACAAGUUUGAUAUUAGGUAAACAGCCCAGCAAUAAAUUCCCUCAUGUGAAUCAUUUCAUCAACUGAUCUGUAUUUUUUAAUGCAAUGUGUUCCUAAUGCAUUGUCACUCAAAUGGAUAUGAGUGAAUACAUUAUGAUGUGGCACUCAAGAGCACUGCAAAUUAAGGUCUAAUCAGAAUCCUAAUGAAGGGAGGAUUUAUUGCCAGAGUGCUGUUUAACCUUAAUAUCAAAUGAAGUAAAGUGUGAUAACGAUAACAGUGCUUAUUAUACACGAACUGUAAAAGUGUGCACAUUCUUCGCAAGGUUCUUCGUAAAGGUACAUGGACAACAUGGCCGCCACAUUUCCACACAUCAUCUGCAGCUGACAACCUGAGCACCAUAUGUCAGUUCUCCAGUUCAAUAACUGGAACAGUUACACUUUCAUGUAUUGUUCCUGCUUUGCCGACAAAAGAAUGCUCAUCCUUUCCCCAUCGAGACAGCAACUGGUGCAACACCUUUUUCUCAUCAGUCAUAUUGGAGUUUAAUUGAAGUUGAUGUCUCUUAACUCAGAUACGAAAUUCCUCCUGACACUGUCAAAGAACCUUCACAAAUAUGUACUGUAUGAUCUAUUUUUUUAGGCACCUUACAUGGUCAUUUGUCAAAAGCCCAUUUACUUUCCUUCAAAAAGUCUUGAGUUGCUUUUGCAGAAUGCUCGGGUCACUCUCCGUCUGCGCUCUUAAGUGUCGUACAAUCAGAUUUGUGCCAUUGGCUAAACGUCAGACUUUCUGAGGCCAAAUAAAUGUAAUAUUCUUCAAACAAGCUAAGUCAGUUACCUGAUCUCACGGCAGUAGAACAUACUACGUGAAUAGCUUUUUAUUUAAACAAACGGUCCCUGAAGGUGGUUCCGUCGUAUCUCCAGUAAGCUUCUGAGUCUUCUCCAAACGAUUACAAACUAUAGCUAUAUUUACUAUUUUGUCAGUUGUUCAAAUACUAUUA